UGGUUGAUAACAAUAAUGGCACGCCCCCCAAACCCAGAGUGGCCAAUUAGCGUUUCCGCUGCGCCUGUGCAGCUGCGCAUGCGCGCUGUCCAAUUUUCUCUCACACGUGUUUCCCGUGGAGCAGAGGGACGCACGCGGAAUGGUAAGAUGGCGGCGGACGGAGGCCGAGCUGUGCUACCCUGCUCCUUCAGCCCCAAAUCACAGCAGUUUCUGGCUCUCUGCGCACAGGACGGGAGACUGCGCAUCUGGAACACCGACAGCAAAACUCUGCAACAGGAAUACGUGCCUUCCGCGCACCUGAGCGCAGCCUGUACCUGUGUGACAUGGGGACCGUGCGGAGCUGUUCAGGAGGUGCCACAGAGGAAGAGGAGGAAAUGUGAGGCCGGGCCGACACCUGAGCAGUCAGAUCUGUUGGCGCUGGGCACUGCUGCUGGGUCCGUCCUCAUCUAUAGUACAGUGAAGGGAGACCUGCAUUGCACUCUGGAGGGAGGUCACAGUGGACCAGUGAACAGCGUUCAAUGGCAUCCAGAAGACUCAGUGUUAUACAGCGCCUCAGAUGACACACACAUAGCCGAGUGGGACCUGCAGACAGGAAAAGUUCGUUGCAAAUGGAAGGCGGACAGAUCAGCCGUCAGCAGCCUGUGUAUAAGUCCAGAUGGAAAGCUGCUGCUCUCGGCGGGAAUGACCAUCAAGAUGUGGAACCUGGAGACGAAGGAAGUGUACAGGAAAUUCACAGGUCACUCUACCAUGGUAACGACUCUAUGUUUCGCCACAACACGACCCCCAGACAGUAAUGGGAUGUACUUCUUGUCAGGGGCAGCUCAUGACAGGCUCCUGAGUGUGUGGCAGGUACGGUCUGAUGGCAAAGACAAGAACUCUGUGGUGUCUUUUACUCUGACAGAUGAACCCCAACACAUAGACCUUCAGACAUCCAACUCCAAAGAUGAGCCUGUGAGGUUAGCAGUGGUGUGUAAAGACGGUCAGCUUCAUCUCUUUGAGCAUUUUCUCAAUGGGCCGUGUAAGAAGCCGCUGUCUCCAGUGUGUUCCCUGCAGGUGUCCACUAUGAAGGGAGACUCACCUGUGCCUGUGCCUCUGCUCGCAGCAGCUCUAUGUGCUGACAGACAGAACCUGAUGCUGGCAUACGGACAUCACCUGCAGCCUGUCAUGGAGAAAACCCCUUUUAACACAUCAGAGAGACACGUAUGCUUAGUUAGAGAUGUACAUGGCACUCUUUCUCUCUCUGUAGACACUGCUGUCUCUAAGGUGAAGACGCCAGUUGUUAAUAAACAGAGCAUGGUUUUAGUACCAGGACUUCCGGGACACAAGGCACCAAUCAAAUUAACUCCCAAUGAAGCAGCGAAGAGGAAAAAAGAGGACAGUACCACAGAGAUUUCUAUCGAGGAGCGGUUAAAGCAGAUUGAGUUGAGUGUCGGAGGCAAGGGUGCUGGUAAAGGCUCAUCCUCCCUGCAGACGGACAGUUUUGCUGUACUGCUUGUGCAGGGACUGGAGAGCAAAGACGAGCGGAUCCUUUCCAAAAUAUUUCAAACCAAAAAAGAGAUGUUGAUAAAGAACACUGUUGCCCGGUUACCACCUCCGGCUGUCCUGCCAUUGCUGGAAGAGCUGUCCAGAAGACUGCAGGGGCAUCCAUUCGCGGCUCUGCUUAUAGUUCAGUGGUUUAAGGCUGUACUUACACAACACACAUCAUACUUGUCUUCGCUGCCGGAUCUAGUGUCUCAGUUGGGCUCAAUCUACCAUAUGAUUGAGAGCAGGGUGAAGUUAUAUCAGCAGCUCACCCGACUCCAUGGCAAGUUGUACCUGCUCAUGACACAGGUGGCGACAAACAACCGCGCUGAGAAAGUUGGCAAUAUUUCUCACAAAGCACAGCUGGUUUAUGAAGACGAGUCUUCAGAUGAGGAGGAAGGCUCAGGAGAUGAGGGGCGUCCUGAGGAUGACUCGGAUAACUGGGAGGAGGAUGAGGCAGCAAUGGAAGUGACGGAAGACAAAAACAACCACAAAGACGAGGAAGACGAUGAAGAGGAAGAUAUGAAUGAUGAAUCAAAAGCGAAUGGUGAUUCAGAUCUGGACCCUGAAAAUGAGAGCGAGGAAGAAUAAUACCCAAUCUGGCCGCAGGAUUCAAAAAAGGACCCUUACAUUUAUAUAUGAUUUCAUUUUAUUUUUCAUUUUGUUGAAUUUUAUUGUAACAAAACAAAAGUUUAUGUUUUAUAGAAUUUCGAUAACCUUUGCGGCCUGGACUUGUGGAUGUCUUUCUCAGAAAGGUCAUAAGGUUGUGUGACCCUUGACCUAGACUGACAGCUCCUCGUGCGGAAAGCACACACCCGUUGAGGUCCAUUCGAGUCACUUUUCCUUUGACUUGAAACUGCCUCGGUUUUGUCGACCAGCUACAAUAGGAUUCUGUGGGAUUGAUUCCCAAACCAAAUCCCCCUCCAUCCCUCCGCCUGAUUGCAUCCUUAAUCGGGCGUCCGAUGUCCCUGAGGUCCGAGCAUACGACAAUAUCAUGAUCAUGCCCUUCAACACUGUCCUCCAAUCACAUCGUUAACUUAUGUAGUCGUCACUCUCUUUGUCACGGUCAUUUCUCAUGUUUGAAUUCCGUGUCCUGUGUGUGUGAUUUUCAGAUGAGGGUAUUUUUUUUACACCCUCUGCGGUCAUGACCCGGUUCUCGGUCUUGAGAACAGAAAAUGUGAACCUCUCCCAGUACAACAUGAAUCUUAAAACACAGUCCCAGAGGCGUAUAUGUUUAAUUUUACAGUGGUUGCGGUGAGCGGCAACCAAAACUUUUCAUGCAAACAAUAUAUCAGCGACUGUUGUACAGUUUAAAUGAAAUAAAUUCUGUUUUGUUCUCA